AUGGCUCUGCUCUCCCUGUCUGCGGAACUCACUGCCGCCGCAGAUUCACAUGCAGUCCUGCCCCGGAACUUAUGGCAAUUCAGGAACAUGAUCAAAUGCACUAUCCCAUCCAGUGACCCACUGAGUGACUACAACCAUUAUGGCUGCUACUGUGGCAUCGGGGGCAGCGGGACGCCUGUGGAUGACCUGGACGCGUGUUGUCAGAUUCAUGACAACUGCUACACUGCGGCCCAGAAGCACCCAUACUGCAAAUCCAUCCUGGAUGAGCCUUACCUCAAGCUCUACUCCUACAGCUGUUCCGGCAGUAAAAUCACCUGCAAUGGAAGAAACAAGGAUUGCGAGGCCUUUGUGUGCUACUGUGACCAAAGUGCUGCCAUCUGCUUUGCGCGGGCCACUUACAACAAGGACAACAAGAACCUGGACACCAGCAAGCACUGCAAGUGAUGCGUCAAGG